CUAAGUUUCACUUAUGACACACUGAAGAUGGCACUGAUCUUAUAAUUUUUACUCUAUCUCUGUCUAUUCUUUUACUAAGAAAUAUAAUUAUUAUUGAUUUGUAGUUACAAUAUAGAUUAUAAAUCUAUAUUUUACAUUAUAAUUUCUGAAAGUAACUUUAAAAUAAAAUAAUUAUAAUAUAAAUAUGUCAAAAUUUUAUAAAUUUUUUAAGAAAGGAAGAUGCUCCGUGAUUGGAAUGGUACACGUUGGUGCUUUACCUGGUACACCUUCAUAUAAUGGUAAUAUUAAUCAAAUUAUAAAUAAUGCAAUAAAGGAAACAAUAAUCUAUAGAGAUUGUAAUAUUGAUGGUAUUUUAGUGGAAAAUAUGCAUGAUAAUCCAUAUGUGAGACCUGAACAUUUAACACCUGAAACGACAGCAAUGAUGACUAGAAUCUGCACAGAAAUUAAACAAGUAUUACCUGAAAAUAUACCUUGUGGUAUACAGAUUUUAGCAGGAUGUAAUAAAGAAGCAAUAGCUGUAGCAAAGGCAACUAAUUUUCAAUUUAUCAGAGCGGAAGGAUUUGUCUUUUCUCAUAUUGCAGAUGAGGGAUUUACAGAUGCAUGUGCUGGUUCUUUAUUGAGAUACAGAAAACAAAUUGAUGCUGAUGAUAUUCUUAUUUUUGCUGAUAUUAAAAAAAAACAUAGUUCACAUACAAUCACUUCUGAUGUAAGUUUAUUAGAAACAGCAAAAGCAGCAAAAUUUUUCUUAGCUGAUGGAAUAAUCUUAACAGGAAAUGCUACAGGUUAUCCAGCAAAUGUAACGGAACUUACAGAAAUUAAACAAAAUGUUGAUAUACCUAUUCUUAUUGGUUCUGGUAUUACAAAAAAAAAUAUAAAAAAUUACUUGUCUUCUAAUGCAAUAAUUGUUGGAUCAUAUUUUAAAAUUAAUGGAAUAUGGCAAAAUAAAAUAGAUAAAAAAAAAGUAAAUAAUUUUAUAAAAAACUUAACAAUUCUUCAAAAUGGAAAAUAUUUAUAAAAUUUAUUUUUUAUUUUUAUUAUAUUUUAUUUUGAUUAUUUUUUAUUGAUAUAUUUAUUAUCGAUUAAUUAUUAUUUUUUAUAUUUAUAAAUAAUUAAUUUUUUUUACUAAAUUUGUAGUAAAAAGUUUGUUUUAUGAUAAUUAAUUAUAAUAAUAUAUUAUUAUAAUAAUAUAUUAUAUAAUAUAAUUAUAAUAAUAUAAUUGAUAUAAUAUGAUAUGAUAAAUAAUAAUUAGAAAUUCGAACGAAAUAAUAGAAAAAAUUAAUUAUAUAGUAAAGUGGAUAUACUCGUAAUUGAUUUGUAGAAUUUAUUUUACACGAUAUAUAAAUAAACUUUUUAUGAAAAAAUAUAAA